CCGUCAAAAAUUGAAAAAAGAAAUGAAAAAAAAAUGAAAAUCAUCAACCCAUUUCUAACUUCUACCCUGGACCCUGCCCCUCUGCAUCUCCCCAAAUGCCCUCUCAGAUCCUCGUUGAUUCAAUGGCUCUUUGAUCAUUACAAGGUUCUCUAGGCAUACUUGCAGUUCUUAAACUUGUGGAUCCUAAAACAUCAUACAUCUCUGGAAAAUUCAGUGCUUAUCAUAGAAGUUAGUAGGUUGCAAUCUUGCAAGUUGCAAAGACCCGAUGGAUGUAGAUGAUAACAAAUUGGCUGUUGAGAAUUGGAUGGGCAGUGAAGCUGAAUUUCACCGACAACUUUCUAGUGAUGAAGAAGAUGUUAUUGGUGAAAAGUCUGAUGGGAUUCCCAAUGGGCACUCUACUGUUGAAGACCUAGAAAGCCAUUUGAAGUGCAAAGUAAAUUUGAAUGGAGAUGAAGCUCUUGACUCAUACAUCCAAGAUGUUAAAGAGAUAUCAACCGUGCCUCUAGAAAGCAACACUGCUUCUGGCUCUAAGGAGUCUGAAGUUUCAUGUUCUGGAGAGCCCAAGAUUGGAAAAGUAGAAAAGGCCCUUGGAAAGCCUAAAAAUGGUAAACCUUUGAGCCUCACUGGGACAAAAAAGGGACAGUUUAGAAAAGAUGGUUCGUCCAGUCCCGUGAUCUUAAACGGUUCAAAUACCUUGGGAGCAUGUGGUCAGCAAUCAUCUGUACGUAAGGCUAAAUCUUUUGAUGAGAGAAAAACUGGUGAGAGUAAUUCAAAGCCAGGGUCUCCUCUUGUUAAGACUAAUCAUGCUAAGCAGUCUGGACACCCUGACAUAACAUCUCCAAGUGAUGAACAGCUUGAAGGGGUUAAAGACAAGCCUUCGCUGAAGUCAUUGAAGAAAGGGCCUCCGAUUCCUCUGAGUAAAGCUGAAGUGGCUCAAUCUGCUCUAAGUCCUACCACUAGAGAUGCGAAGUCUUGCAAAGCUGGUGCUCUUCCAAAUUAUGGUUUCAGUUUCAAAUGUAAUGAAAGAGCAGAGAAAAGGAAAGAGUUCUACUCUAAACUUGAGGAAAAGAUACAUGCAAAAGAAGUGGAGAAGACUACUUUGCAAGAAAAGACCAAGGAAUCCCAGGAAGCUGAGAUCAAAAUGCUAAGAAAGAAAUUAGCUUUCAAAGCAACUCCAAUGCCAAACUUCUAUCAGGAACCUUCGCCUCCUAAGGUGGAGCUGAAGAAGGUUCCGCCAACAAGAGCCAAAUCUCCCAAGCUUGGUCGGAAAAAGAGCUCACCUACCAGAUUGAGCUUGGAUGAAAGAGUGCCCCAGGAUGAACCUACCAAAAGACACUCACUUGUCGGUGUGAAAACCCCUCAGCGCAAGUCCCUUCCUAAACUACCCUCUGAAAAGACCAAUUUGUCCGGUGAAAUAAAGAAAGCUCCAGCCCACAAAGCCUUGCCGAAGGAAAGAACUGAAAUUGCCUCUCCCUCUAACAAUGCUGCCAAUGUAAUUAGUGAAGUUGCACCCAAGGAGGAGACCCAAGAACCAGCAACAGCAGAUUUUGGGAAACCAGAGGAAUUUAUUGAGACAAAUGAUGCCAAAAUUGAGACAAAUGAUACCAAGAUUGAGGUAAAUAACAAGGUUGUUGUUGGGGCUCAGGCACAGUAACAAUGUGGAUCAUUAAGAGCAAGAACUGAUUAUCUUUAUCACACAGAAAUUAUGAACCCAUCGUUGCAAAAAAAAAGAAUACCGCAAGGGGAUUGGCUAGGCAUGAGAUGUAGCUUUGAUGUUAAAUGUGCGCUUUCUUUCAAGAUUGCUGAGUUUUUCGUUUGGAAUUUGCUAGGUGGCUGUAAAACUGAAAUGCUGCUACUAUUAUUCAUAAGAAAUUUUUUCUUGAUGUGAUUCAAGCAGAUCCAAAGUGUUCUCAACACAUUUUUAGAAUUUGGCUUGUGCUGGCUGUUGAAACUGCAAUGACAAAUGACAACUACUGGUUAAUGAAUGUGUGUGUAUAUU